GCCACUAAGAGGAACAAAAGGAGUGUGAACCUGUGAGGUGAAGCAAGCAGCUCGGCGUAAAACAAGGACUUGGGGAGCUGGAUACUAAUACUUUUUCUACGGCAACGUUGAUUUAAUUUCUGGAAUUUCCAUCAAGAUGAAAGAGGAAGGUCUUGAAAAGUUUACUGCAUCACUGGACUAAAGGAAAUACACUCUGGCAGAUCACAGACUCUACAAAGAACUCUGAAAUUUGAAACUGCAGGAACAUCAGAGCUGAAAAUGGGAACGUGGAGGUGGUGGUUGUUUUUGUGUGCCCUCGGGAUUAUACUUUUUGCUCCAUGCCGGGGCAUCCAAAACUGUGUGGAUGGAAUUACAGUCAAUGUGAUUCUCCUGGAGGAUGAAGUGUCUCCUUGGAGUCUGAAGUUUGUAAAAGGGGAAAUAAUGAAGGCCAUAGAGACAGACGCAAUCCUCAAUGAGGGUGAUGAUUUGAAGUUUAAUAUAACACCUAAAUUUGGCGGCUUCAACACAACCUUAUAUCGAAAUAGAGGCUGCAGGAAUAGCGCGUGUGAGGGAGUGGACCAGCUAACACAACUCAUGAAUUCAAGUAACUUGGGAUGUGCAGUGCUUGGACCCACCUGCACCUACGCUACUUUUCCAAUGGUUGAUGCUGAGAAAGGUCUGAAGCUCAGCACUCCCAUCAUCUCAGCGGGAAGUUUUGGCAUGUCCUGUGACUUCGCGCUCAACCUGCAGCGCCUCCUACCGCCCGCACGCAAGAUCUCUAACUUUUUCAUCCACUUUUGGAAACACAGCAACACAAUUAAGCCUGCCUGGGAGACGGCCUAUGUUUACAAGACACAUAAGGAACAUACUGAGGAUUGCUUCUGGUACAUAAAUGCACUGGAUGUAGGCUCAGGAAUUUUUGCCCAAAAUAUAGCUAGAACUGUGCUGCGCAAACCAGAAGAACUGAGGGAAGUGAUUGCAUCCCCUCAAAACAGGACGAGCAACUUGUUCAUCAUUUGCGGAUCACCUCAGGACGUGAUCGAAGUGAAAAAUGGAUCCAAAGAAGCCGACAGCAGCGAAAUUCUCUUCCUCCUUAUUGAUCUCUACAAUGAUAUUUACUACAACACGUCUUCAAUGACUUCUAUGAAGAACGUGCUGGUGCUGACGAUGCCAAACACUCGAAACUACACCGUCAAUAAUGACCUGAGAAGCAACAACACGAUGAAUGAUUACAUGGCAGCGUACCAUGAUGCAGUGCUGCUAGUUGGAAAGCUGAUCAGGGAAAUUGCCAAAACAAAUCAGUCAUCCGAGUAUCAGAUGGAAUAUGUCAAUGUCAAUUACUUCAGAAACAUCUCCUUUGAGGGAAGUGCUGGACCCUACAAGCUGGAUGAGCAUGGAGACAGAGACGUGGACCUCUCAGUCAUUUACACCACAACUGACAACAAGUACGAAUUAUUAUUCAGGUUUGACACUGAGUACAACCGCACCAAAGUGGUCAAGACAAACCCUUCCUUCAUCUGGGGAAAAAGACUUCCCAACACCAUGCCAGACCAAGACCUGGCUAUACAUGACAUCAUCGUCAUCGUGUUAGCUGUUACUGUGGUUGUGGUAGCGACCAUUGCCUUCAUUUUCUACAGACAGAACAGAAGAGACCGUCUGGUCAGGAAGCGUUGGUCCUACAUCCCCUCACACCUCAUCACGCUGCUGGAGAACAACGAACACAACGUUAUUUCUCUGAAGAUUGAAGACGAAAGGAAAAAGAUGGAUUUCAAAAUUCGCCGUGCACUCUAUGAUAAGAAGAUUGUGAUUCUGAAGGAGCUGAAGCACUCGGACGGGAACUUCAACGAGACCCAGAGGAUAGAACUGAAUGCACUCCUUCAGAUCGACUAUUACAACCUCACAAAGUUUUAUGGCACGGUGAAAUUUGACCAGGGCGUGUUCGGAGUGUUUGAAUACGGAGAAAGGGGGUCGCUCAGGUAUGUGCUGAACGACAAGAUCUCCUACCCAGAGGAGACCUUCCUGGACUGGGAGUUUAAGAUCUCCGUCAUGUUCGACAUCGCCAAGGGUAUGUCCUACCUCCAUGCCAGUGACAUCCAGGUGCACGGUCGCCUCAAGUCCACAAACUGUGUGGUGGAUAAUCGCAUGGUGGUGAAGAUCACAGACUUUGGCUGCAACAGCUUCCUCAGCCCUGGAAAAGACUUGUGGACCGCUCCGGAGCAUCUGAGGAAACACGGAACGUCUCAGAAAGGAGACGUGUACAGCUUCUCCAUCAUCUCUCAGGAGAUCGUCCUCAGAAAGAGCACCUUCUACAGCGAGUGCUGCUCUGACAGAGAAGAAAAGCUGUCCAGAGUCAUCAUGUCCUUCUUCAGACCUGAUCUGAACUUUGAGACGGCUUCAGAGAGAGAGUCGGAGGUGUACAUGAUGAUUAAAAGCUGUUGGGAUGAAGAUCCAGAAAAACGACCUGACUUUAAGAAGAUAGAGAUCUGCCUGGGGAAAAUCAUCAGUAAAAUUCAUAACCAGGACAACGAGAGCUACAUGGACAACAUGAUCAGACGGCUGCAGAAUUAUUCCAGAAACCUGGAGCACCUGGUGGAGGAGAGGACGGUGCUCUACAAAUCUGAGAGGGACCGAGCAGACUGCCUCAACUUCAUGCUGCUUCCUCGCCCUGUUGUAAAAAGCCUGAAGGAGACUGGCAUGGUGGAGCCUGAGCUGUAUGACGAGGUGACGGUUUAUUUCAGUGACAUCGUCGGUUUCACCUCUCUGUGCCAGUACAGCACGCCGAUGGAAGUGGUGGACAUGCUCAAUGAUAUCUACAAGGGCUUCGACAGCAUCGUCGACCACCAUGAUGUUUACAAGGUGGAGACGAUAGGUGACGCCUACAUGGUGGCCUCUGGACUUCCUAACAGAAAUGGGAACAGGCACGCAGUUGAUAUCUGCCGCAUGGCGCUCGAAAUCUUGGCCUUUAUGGGCACCUUCCAGCUUCGACACCUGCCUGGCAUCCCUGUGUGGAUACGUAUCGGCGUCCACUCAGGUCCCUGCGCUGCGGGUGUUGUGGGGUUAAAGAUGCCCAGAUAUUGUUUAUUUGGAGACACGGUCAACACGGCAUCUCGUAUGGAGUCUACAGGUCACCCCUUGAGGAUCCACGUCAGCGAGCCAACUAUAAAUAUCCUGCAGAGGACACACUGCAAGUACGAGUAUGAGAUCAGAGAAACAUAUCUGAAGGGUGAAGGUACAGAGACAACCUACUGGUUGACAGGUGAGACCGGCAAAGACUACGACCUCCCAACUCCUCCCACAACAGAGAACUUCCAGCGGCUCCAGCAGGACCUGGCACAGAUGAUCCUCUCGUGCCUGGAGCGCCGCUCUCGAGGAUCUGUCCGGAGAAAGACGCCGCUCUCGAGUCAGAGCACAGAGGACGACAAGGAGCAGGACUCCGAGGUGGAGUCUGAGGGGGAGCAUCCCGAGUACCUGCAGCUGGCCACUGUGGAUAACACCCUCAGUACCUUCCUGUAGCACUUAACUACUGUAGAGCCCAUCACUGUCACAGACAGAGGUCAAGCUGUUUCAUCUGGCUACAAGGAGCAUACAAGUCAAUUAUUUAUGACAUUUAAGCUCCUUGUACAUAGCUACAGUUUGUACGGAUCAUUCCGGU